AUGCCGACUUGCUGCUGCACUCCUGGCUGUUCAACCCGUGGUGGUUUGCAAUUCCCAAAGGACAAGAAGCUUAGGAAGCUUUGGGUUUUAGCUAUAAAAAGAAACAGUGCCGAAUACCGUUAUAAACACUGGUGCCCCCAACCGCACAGUGUGGUGUGCCAUAAACAUUUCCGUGAAGAUGACUUCAUUCCAGUAACUUCGCACGGAACUGAUCCUCUGAAAAAACAAAGAGAGGCACAAGCAGUACCAUCAAUUUUUCCGUGGAGCAACAAACAGGAAAAUGAUGAAAGAAGUGAGAGAAGAGCAGCACGCAGUGUUAAGACGGAAGAGGAGAGACAGACAGAAGAACCUGUAGAUAUAUUGAUGGAUGUGGAUGAUGAAUUUUAUACUGUAAAUGUUGAAGAAACGAUUGGUGAACCGUCUACUGAUGAAUCACAUUUAGCCGAGGCGGAAGAAAAAGAUGUUUCGUAUGCAGAGUCCUCAACGCAAACGUUUCCUACCCCUUUGAUGUCAGUAGAGGACUUCAUUCAUGACAGUGAGGGAAUAAUGUUCUACACAGGCCUUGCUUCACACUUAGAUUUUCUUUUUGUGCUACUCCUGGUGGACUUAUAUCGUACAUUUCCCCCAGCCUAUGGAGGGUCCACUAGUGACAGGCAAGUCGUGGAGCGCAGCCCUCUAAUUAAUAUUUGUGAUCCCGGGGACUUGAUUAUGUCCGAUAAAGGCUUUAACGUCCAGGAUCUGUUCGCCCCCAAAGAUGUUAAAGAAAGAAAAUGA